AUGAAGCUGGGCUUGAUGAUUAUUUACAUACUGUCUGCGGCAGUAGGCUCAAUGGGAGCUGUCGAGAAUGCUUCUUUUGUAUAUGACGCUAAUAUUGACAAAUUGGAUGCUGCGCCAACUUGUUCUAUCGAAUACGGAGCGGCCCCUCCAAAUGAGACAGUCGCCAACAUUGCCCAUCUCUUCGACAUUGCCGAUUCUACGUGCAGUGUAGGCGCAGCUACUUGUGCGCGUGUGUCCCAUGAAGGGAGCUCGUCAAUUUUCUGGUGCAACUUUGAAGGGGAGGUUAUUUACAUGAGGUGUGGAGAUCUUGUUGAACCCACCGAGCAGGUCUCCGAUGCUUGCCGUGUUGGCGACCGCUAUACCUACGGCUAUGUCUCCAGGAGCAUGGUUGAUGGGUCCCAAAGCUACCCGUAUUUAGUGGUUAUUGGUGGCGAUUAUGUAUUUGAG